CACAAGACCGGCGAGUACUUGGACGAGGGCGAGCCUUGUCUCCAGACAAGUAGCUAGCUAACGUUACAGCGCGAAAUCGCGAAUGUGGAAACACUAUAGCUAGCUAACGAGUGAAGGACGGUAAAGUUGGAGCGGGAUCCCUUGUGGAUUACGUCGCGGUAGCUAGCUAGCUACAAUAUCAAACGGAUAAUUAUUCCAAGGUGUGUGUUUCUGCCUUUAGAUUCCAUCUCCCAGUGUAUCUUCUCCAUGGCAACACAUGUUGUUGAUGCUGCUGAUGAUAAUGCUUUUCUGAGCUGGCCGAGUCUCCAUGCUGUGCUUGUCUACUAAGAUAGGUCCCCACAUUUCAAGAGAAGAAGAAAGCCUUAUUUGGGAAUCUUAUGGACGAAGAAAUGAGUCGCCAGACCGCCACAGCGCUGCCCACAGGAACCUCCAAGUGCGCCCCCUCCCAGCGCGUCCCCACCCUGUCCGGCACCACGGCCUCCAACAGCGACCUGGCCAGCCUGUUUGAGUGCCCCGUCUGUUUCGACUAUGUGUUGCCCCCCAUUCUUCAGUGCCAGAGUGGCCACCUGGUCUGCAGCAACUGCCGUCCCAAACUCACCUGCUGCCCCACAUGCCGGGGCCCGCUUGGCUCCAUCCGGAACCUGGCCAUGGAGAAGGUGGCCAACUCUGUUCUGUUCCCGUGCAAGUACGCGUCGUCGGGCUGCGAGGUGACGCUGCCCCACACAGACAAGGCGGAGCACGAGGAGCUGUGCGAGUUCCGGCCGUACUCCUGCCCCUGCCCAGGGGCCUCCUGCAAGUGGCAGGGCUCCCUGGACGCCGUCAUGCCCCACCUCAUGCACCAGCACAAAUCCAUCACCACGCUGCAGGGAGAAGACAUCGUCUUCCUGGCCACGGACAUUAACCUGCCUGGGGCAGUGGACUGGGUCAUGAUGCAGUCCUGCUUCGGCUUCCACUUCAUGCUGGUCCUGGAGAAGCAGGAGAAGUACGACGGCCACCAGCAGUUCUUUGCCAUCGUGCAGCUGAUUGGCACGCGGAAGCAGGCGGAAAACUUUGCUUACCGCCUGGAGUUAAAUGGGCACCGGCGACGGCUAACUUGGGAGGCCACGCCUCGCUCGAUCCACGAGGGCAUCGCCACGGCCAUUAUGAAUAGCGACUGCCUGGUGUUCGAUACCUCCAUUGCGCAACUGUUCGCUGAGAAUGGAAACCUGGGCAUCAAUGUCACUAUAUCAAUGUGCUGAGGACUGUCAGGUGGACAGCAAUACACACCCACACACACACACACACACACACCCUUACACUUACACACUCUCUCACGCGCGCACACACAUUUCAGACACUACAGGACACCUGAAGUUGGACCUGGAGGAUUCGGGGGGGGGCAUGGGGUAAGAUCUGUCCUAGGGAACCUGUUGCCAUUGUACGUUUAUUUAGAACGGUCACGGAUUGGUUAAAGCUGAAUUGAAAACAAUGGCAUUUUGUACCUGGGAAUACAUUUUAGGCUUCAAUACAAUAUUAGUUCAAUUGCAGGUAUCCAUGUUUUUCAAGAAAGUACCCAGCAUUGCCCAGAGCACACACCUAUGGAGUGAACACCUAUGGAGUGAACACCUAUGGAGUGAACACCUAUGGAGUGAACACCUAUGGAGUGAACACCUAUGGAGUGAACACCUAUGGAGUGAACACCUAUGGAGUGAACACCUAUGGAGUGAACACCUAUGGAGUGAACACCUAUGGAGUGAACACCUAUGGAGUGAACACCUAUGGAGUGAACACCUCAAGUGGGCUCAGUUGUUAUCUGUUUUUGCAAAAAGGUGACUACUGUGACUCAGGUGAGAAAUGGUACUUGGGAAACGGAGUGGAAGGAAGGAGUCUGUUUGAGCAAGGCUGGGGCAUCCAAACACAACUGCAAAUCUAUUUUCUUUUUUGAGAAAGAGAAAGGAGAUUGCGUUUCAGUUGUCAAAGUGAAUAAGUUUAGUUCCAUUUAUUAUUGUUUUAAGUUCUGGGUUUUAGUUCCGUCGUUUUUUCCCCUCCUCGGAUGUGAAGAGAAGGUCCGGGUACUGUGUGCACGGACAUUGGCUGAGAAGAAGCUAUUUUGGUCUCUCUCUAGAGGCCAACAGUUUCAGCCUAAACCACUGAAUAUCUGACCAGGAAUGGGGACAGUUUCUACAGUUAUAAUAUUAUUGUUAUUAUUAAAUGGAGAUUGUUAUCAUAAUUAUCAUUUUUGUAAUGAAUUUUAAUGAAUGAAAAAGGCUGUUGUAACCUUGUGUCUAAUCUUCAGUGUUUGUAGAUAAAUUGUCGUUCUUUUGAAUACUUCAUUGUAUUAUUUUGUAAGUUUGAUUUUUUUUGUCUUUUUUUUUUUGUCUUUGUCUGUCUUUGUCUACAUUCUGUUUGUCAGGAGUGGGCGAAGCAAAGCCAAACAUCUCUGUGGAUACAUAGUACUGUUGCUGGUUCCCAUCUCCAUUUUAUUUUUUGUUUUAUUUUGUCAUUAAAUAAAUCUAUCUUUUUCAUACCUUGUG